AUGGUUUUUACGCCCGAGAAUGUGAAGAAGCUGCAGGACAUUGUGGUUGUUGUGUACAAAGGGAAGCACGGAACAUACGAGGUGGCAGCCCACCCGAAGAGGCUGUACGAGUACCGGAGAAAAACGGCCUCUCUCGAGGAUGUCCUGUGCACAGAAAGCAUAUUUUCCGACAUAAGCAGGGGAAGGCUUGCAAGCAGGAAAAGCAUAAGCGAGGAGUUCAAAAAGGACAACAGAGGCGCGCUGGAGGUAAUAUUAAGCCAAGGAACCGAGCGGAAGGACAGCGCCACCCGGGAGUACGAGCAGGAAAGCGCAAGGAAGGCCGUGGCAGAGGGCCUCCUGCAGCGGGUUCGAAAGGAAAACAACAGGCGGCUGACACAGGAGGAGGCCGAGGCCGUGCUGAAGACGAUCAACUACACCCCAAGCACAAAGCCCAUGAAGGUGCAGAUCUCGGACGCAAUAAAAAAGGCCGUCCAGCUGGGGUACAGCAAGCGAGCAAUCCAGGUCCGGGCGGGCAAAGGCAUGGACUGGGCGGCGCUGAAGAGCUCUCUUCCCGCAGGGUCCUUUAUCCGCGAAACAGCGCGUGCAGGGGUUGUGGAGAUGUCGGACGACCUGUAUGGACCGGUCCACCGCGCGGCGAGCGCGCAGGGCGUUGAGCUCGAGGAUCUUCCGGAGGACGAAGAAGCAGGCGCCGAGGUUGCGUUAUAG